GUGGCCAUGACCAGCGGCAUAAUGCAACAAUGUAUCACCCGAUUUCCCGAAAUGUUUUUUGUUGACAAAUUGUGCCAUCUUUUUUAAGCGUGCACAAUUCGCCAUUCUGGAUGUGGCUGGAAGAAACAUGAACAAUGGCUCUUUUGAGGAAAAUAAACCAUAUCCUGCUCGUGAUGCUGGUUCUCAUAGUGUGUCUACUCCUGCACAGUAAGCUGUUCAGUGGCCCAUCUCGGCCCAAACUCAAACACACAGAAACCAGGAAGGACCCAGAGCGUGCGCCCAAAGUUCCUGUAGAGAAGGCAGCGGAGGGAGAGGAUGACAUCCCAGUAGUCAUCUGUGCUGCGGAGGAACGAAUGGGCGGUGCCAUGGCAACCAUCAACAGCAUCUAUAGCAACACAGAUGCCAGUGUGUUCUUCUAUAUUGUCACUCUUCGUGAUGCCAUCAAGCUGACAAGACAGUACAUAGAGAAGACCAAGUUGAAGGGAAUCAAGUAUAAGAUUCUAGAGUUCAACCCCAUGGUUCUGAAAGGGAAGGUGAAACCAGACUCCUCCCGACCAGACCUGCUGCAUCCACUGAACUUUGUACGCUUUUACUUGCCGCUCCUUGAUAUCAGCCACAAGAGGGUGAUCUACUUAGACGACGAUGUCAUUGUGCAAGGUGACAUCAAGGACCUGUACCAUACCAAGUUGGAGAAAGGCCAUGCUGCUGCCUUCGCCACAGACUGUGACCUGCCCUCCACCCACGAGAUGGUGCGCAGCGUGGGCAUGCAGACAACGUACAUGGGCUUCCUGGACUACAGGAAACAGGAAGUGAGAGACCUGGGGAUCAACCCCAGCGACUGCUCCUUCAACCCUGGGGUGUUUGUGGCCGACAUUGGAGAGUGGAAGAAACAGAAGAUCACCAAACAGCUGGAGAACUGGAUGCAGGAGAACUUAAAGAAAAACAUAUACAGCAGUGCCAUGGCAGGGGGUGUGGCGACUCCUCCUAUGCUGAUCGUGUUCCAUGACAAAUACACAAUCAUCGAUCCUCUGUGGCACGUCCGACACCUGGGCUGGAGCCCAGACGCCCGCUACUCUGAGACCUUCCUCCAGGGUGCACACCUGCUGCACUGGAACGGCCGCUUCAAGCCCUGGGACUACCCCUGUGUCCACCUGGACCUGUGGGAGAAGUGGUUCAUCCCAGAUCCCACCGGGAAAUUCUCGUUGGUACGGCCCGAGGGCAAAAUCUGAGGGAUGUUUAACAAAUGUUUGUGUAGGGGGAUGUCUGGCAUUUCAGACUGUGAAUGGAGGCUGUGAACAGUAAAUAUUGUGAAGUCCUAUUGCUGUUAACAUCUUUUGAGAUGGUAUUUCUUUGAAGGUGCCUAUCAAAACGUGUACAGAAUGUACAGAAACAAGCUGUAUCAAAAAUGUAUGUGGUUGUUGUGAGAUGAGUGAGUAUAAUUGUAUUGAUUGUUUUGAAACUUAACAAUGUGAUCUCUUUAAAGCUUUUUCCUGAAU